UACAGGAGCUUUACCGACAGAGCUGCCAAGGGAUUUUCAAUAGAAAAAUCGGAAAUUCCUUAUCAAAAUUGGGACCAAAUUUAAUUUUUGCAACAAAAGAGAUUGCCUGAAGGAACUGUGGGAACCAGAAGGAUGAUGAUUCUGCAGAAAAGGCAAGUCUUGGUUUUCUUUGUUUUGCUGGGAUUGUCCAGGGCAAGUACUGAAUCUUUGCACUAUUCUGUAGCAGAGGAAACAGAAAUAGGCUCUUUUGUGGCUAACCUGGCAAAGGAUUUGGGGCUGGGAGUAGCGGAGCUGUCCUCCAGGGAGGCCAGAGUAGUGUCAGAUGAUAAUAAAAAGCGUUUACACCUUAAUUUGCUGACCGGAGAUAUGCUCCUGAGUGAGAGACUGGACCGGGAAGAGCUGUGUGGCUCCUCCCAGCCCUGCGUGCUACCUUUUCAGGUGGUACUGGAAAACCCUUUACAGUUUUAUCGAGCUGAGCUGCAUGUCAGAGAUAUAAAUGAUCACUCCCCCACAUUCCUGGACAAGGAAAUAUCUAUUAAAAUACCAGAAAGUGCAACGAUCGGAGCCACGUUUUUAAUUGAGAACGCACAAGAUCUGGACGUAGGAAGCAACGGUCUCCAGGACUACACCAUUAGUCCCAAUUCUCAUUUCUAUGUUAAAACUCAUGACAGUGGUGAUGGAAAGAUAUAUCCGGAGCUGGUUCUAGACAGAGCUUUAGAUCACGAGGAGGAAUUUGAGCUUAGACUGACACUUACAGCCCUGGAUGGUGGGUCUCCACCCAGGUCUGGGACAACGUCGGUUCUCAUAAAGGUUAUGGACAUCAAUGACAACGCUCCUGAGUUUGCUCAGAGUUUUUAUGAGGUGCAGGUCCCAGAGGACACGCCCGUUGGUUCCAGUAUUAUUGCUAUCACUGCUACAGAUUUAGAUACGGGAAAUUCUGGAAAAAUAUCAUAUUCAUUUUUGCAUGCAUCAGAAGGCAUUAGAAAAACCUUUAAAAUCAACCCUACAUCUGGGGAAGUCAACUUGAGAUCAUUACUGGAUUUUGAAGUAAUACAAUCCUACUCUGUAAAUAUCCAAGCAACAGAUGGUGGAGGUCUUUCAGCAAAAUGCACUCUUUUAGUUAAAGUAUUGGAUAUAAACGACAACGCACCGGAAGUGACCAUAUCAUCAAUUACAAAGACAGUUCCAGAGAAUGCUUCAGAGACCCUGGUCGCCCUUUUCAGUGUCCGAGAUCAAGAUUCUGGGGACAAUGGAAGAAUCCUUUGCUCUAUUCAGGACGACCUUCCAUUUAUCCUGAAACCCACCUUCAAGAACUUUUUCACUCUCCUUUCUGAAAAAGCACUGGACAGAGAGAGCAGAGCUGAGUACAACAUCACCAUCACAGUCAGCGACAUGGGCACACCCAGGCUCACAACCCAGCACACCAUAACAGUGCAAGUGUCUGACGUCAACGACAACGCCCCCGCCUUCACACAAAGCUCCUACACACUGUUUGUCCAAGAGAACAACAGCCCCGCCCUGCACAUAGGCACCAUCAGCGCCACAGACUCAGACUCAGGCUCCAAUGCCCACAUCACCUACUCGCUGCUGCCCACCCACGACCUGCAGCUGGAUCUCGCCUCGCUCAUCUCCAUCAAUGCAGACAAUGGGCAGCUGUUCGCGCUCAGGGCGCUGGACUACGAGGCCCUGCAGACCUUCGAGUUCCAAGUGAGCGCCACAGACCAAGGCUCGCCCUCACUCAGCAGUCAGGCGCUGGUGCACGUUCAGGUGCUCGAUGCCAACGACAAUGCGCCCUUCGUGCUCUACCCGCUGCAGAAUGCUUCUGCUCCCUUCACAGAGCUGCUGCCCAGGGCUGCCGAACCUGGCUACCUGGUCACCAAGGUGGUGGCUGUGGACCGCGACUCUGGUCAGAACGCCUGGCUGUCUUUCCAGCUGCUCAAGGCCACAGAGCCAGGGCUGUUCAGCGUGUGGGCUCACAAUGGCGAGGUGCGCACCUCCAGGCUGCUGAAUGAGCGCGAUGCGCCCAAGCACAGGCUGCUGCUGCUGGUCAAGGACAAUGGCGAUCCUCCGCGGUCUGCCAGUGUCACUCUGCAUGUGCUGCUGGUGGAUGGCUUCUCUCAGCCCUACCUGCCUCUGCCUGAGGUGGCGCGCGACUCCACCCAGGACGAGGAUGCGCUCACGCUGUACCUGGUUAUCGCCUUGGCGUCUGUGUCUUCACUCUUCCUCUUGUCUGUGCUUCUGUUCGUGGGGGUGAGGAUGUGCAGGAGGGCCAGGUCGUCCACUCUGGGUGACUACUCUGUGCCUGAGGGACACUUUCCUGGCCAUUUGGUGGACAUCAGCGGCACGGGGACUCUGUCCCAGAGCUACCAGUAUGAGGUGUGUCUGACGGGAGGUACUGGGACUAAUGAGUUCAAAUUCCUGAAACCAGCCAUCCCCAGUCUUCAACUCCACGAUGCUGGUUCUAAUAUGCAGGAAAAGGAGAACUUUCGGAAUAGUCUUGGAUUUAAUAUCCAAUAAAAUCUCCUUUAAACUCUGAAUAUUUUACCUUCAUUGUCAAAUUGCAGUUGAUUCUUUUUCUUAAUCUGCAAUGGAUUUUAGGGUUUUACUGAUGUUGCAUGCGUUGUCAUUUCACAUGUAUCUCUCACAGUUGCUUUAAAAUCGUUAUGGGGUUUAGGAUGUAUAGAAACAAUCUUCACUUUUUGUUUAUUUUGUCGGAGUUUUAUGUUAACGGUUCUACUGUUUGUUAUGCAAGACACAGAAAUGGAAAUGCUGACUGAAGUAUUGAGAGUAAAUGCCUUGAGCUGGUGGUUCCUGUGCCUGGUGGGGUACAAGGCAGGCAGUUCUGGGUGGAUCUACAACAGAAGUGGAAGGGAGGAAGAGGAGAAGGGAACUAAAAAGGGGCAAAUGCCACCACAGAAGGGAGUUAUUCCAAUAUACUAUUAAAAUCCAGCAAGCAGGGAUAUUAACUCCUGCUGCAUCUGGGUAGAAAUUAUAUUGAAUUAUUAGUAUUCUUUGUCAGAUUACUUUACCAUAAAAGAUUUUUUUAAAUGCUGCCCCUCUGUAUCCAGUCAUGGGGGACUUUGUGUUCUCAUGUUUUCAUGAACUGAUUUCUGUUCAUGUGCCCUGCGUUAAGUACUGAUUGUUCAAGUAAUUUUUCUUUAUCUAUUUUCUAAUCAUUCCUUCUAAUUCUCAAAAUAUUCUAGGUCUUGAUACUGCUGUUGCUUGUUUUUAAAUACAUGUUUGCUUGGUUAAAAUGUAUGGUACUCUUUAUCAUUUAUUGCUAAAGCAGAUAAUAAGUUCAUAAUCUUAUUCUAAGUAAAAUAGUCUUUUACCAGAAGAAAACAGUAUAAAAACUUCCUAGGAGGACUGGAGAGAUGGCUCUGAGGUCCUGAGUUCAAUUCCCAGCAACCACAUGGUGGCUCACAACCAUUCCUAAUAGAAUCUCUUCUGACCUGCAGGCAUACAUGCAGGCAGAACACUGUAUACACAAUAAAUAAAUUAAAGAAAAAAACUUCCUAGGAAUUAAAUAUUUUAAUGUAAUUUUUUUUAUUUUGUGUGAAUUGGUGUUUUGCCUGCAUGUAUGUCUGUCUCUGUGAGGAUGUCUGAUCCUCUGCAACUGGAAUUAUAGACAGUUGCAAACUUCCAAAUUGGUCCUGAGGAUUGAAUUUGGGUCCUCUUUAAGUGCAACCAGUCCUCUUAACUGCUGAGCUAUCUUUCUGUCACCUGAAAUUAAGGUUUUAAACUGUUAAAAUGACUUAGAUUUACUAACCAUUAAUAAAAGUAAUAUAAGCCAAAUAUGGAAGAACAAAUCUGUAAUCCCAGCACUCAAGCAACUAGGGGUGGAGAAUAAUCAAUUCAAGAUUGUUUUUGGGCUACACAGUAAGAAUUUUCCUUAAAAAAUAAAGAAGGAAACAGAACCUGAUAUAUCAGCAUAUAUCUAUAAUUGAGGCACGUAAGAGCCUGGAGUGUGAAGCCAGCCUGAGUUCCAUGAGACACAUUCUCAAAAAUUACAAAGAAGCAGAAUGGAGAAUUAGGGUUGGAAUCCUCACACUUGAGGCUCUGAGGUAAGAGGCUGUCAUAAGUUGGCAGGACUUAUGACAUGCUAUGGACAUGACAUGGCAGAACAACCAUGCUAUGCAGUGCCUUCAAUACCAGCCUCAGCAACAGACUUAGACUCUAUUUCUAAAGCACUCCCUAUGAUCUUAAAGAAUGAACUGUGAAGUACAAUGUCUAGUUGUGUGGGCCCAACAGGUGGGUAUAAAACCUUGGCUUCGCUCU